UGAGGAUUAACUGUCCAGAAUGAAGAUACUCCAUGUUGUCUCCUGCUGUCUCCUCUCAGCUCUCUGUGUUGUGGAGUCAGCCAUCACUAAGGUGACUGGAGUUGUUGGGGGAAAGGUCACAAUUCGGUGCUCACAUGCAGAUAAAUGGUUUGGAAAAAGCAAUGACAAGUACUUCUGUGGGAAGAAAUGUGACAGUUACAACGACGUUCUGGUUAAAACUCAGAAGAACAAGAACUAUAUUGAGAGAGGAAGAUACGCCAUACAUGACUAUAGAGAUGGAGGCUUCACUGUUACCAUUAAGAACCUGAUGAAGUCCGACUCAGGGACCUACUGGUGUGGAGUGGAGAGAUUUGGACUAGACUCAUUCCAAGAGGUGCAGCUCACAGUUACAGAUGAUUCUCCUCCCUCAGACUACUCUCCUGGUGCAGGACAGAGGCAGAGUGCUGAGGCCUACAGGAAGUGA